CCGCCGUUUCAGUGCGUCGAGCGGCGGAGGGAAGCGGAGUCUGCGCGUUUAGUUGUGUCCAAACAGCGGCGGAGCGCUUCUUCCUCCUCCAGAGCCGCGGGCAUCCCGGGAGGCAGCAGCCGUGCACGCCUCGGACCGCGGCGCCAGGAGAGGACAGCGCGCUUCUUUUUUAAAAACCUCCUCCUUCUCCUUUCUCAUUUUGACUCAGUGAGGCUUAAAUAUUCCGCUCGUCCCUGAUGCUAACCAACACUGCGCGGCCGGAGACAUGUGGACUGAUCCGGGGAAACUGCGCCGCGUCUCGCUAGUGUGUCUCCUCCUGACGCUGUGGGCCGAGGUGUCUCAGGCCACCGGAUAUUUCGAGCUGCAGCUGAUCUCGGUGGAGAACCCGAACGGACAGCUGCUGAAUGGGGACUGCUGCGACGCGGAGAAGAGCGCGGCGGAGGGCCACUGCGGCGCGGACGAGUGCGACACCUACUUCAGAGUGUGUUUAAAGGAAUACCAAACGGAGGUCACGACCAACGGACCGUGCACCUACGGCUCGGAAACUACUAAGGUUAUCGGUGGGAAUACUUUUCAGUUCAAGGGCGGCCAGAAAACCGGACAGAACCGGAACAACGACGCCGGGAAGAUCACCAUCCCCUUCCAGUUCUCAUGGCCGAGAGCGUACACUGUGAUAGUGGAGGCCUGGGACCGAGACAACGGCACCCACAGCAACGAUGACGAGCUGCUGAUCGAGCGCAGCAUCUAUAAAGGGAUGAUCAACCCCGGGGAGGACAAGCAGCCGGUUGAGUAUAAGAGCUCCGUGGCCAGCAUCGAGUACACCAUCCGGGUUCGCUGCGACGAACAUUACUACGGCAGCAAGUGCAACAAAGUGUGUCGACCGCGAGACGACUACUUCGGACAUUAUGUGUGCGACCAGUUUGGAAACCGAGACUGUAUGGAGGGUUGGACGGGUCCGGACUGUAAGAUAGCCAUCUGCAAGCAGGGAUGCAGCCCGUCGCAUGGGACGUGCAACUCGCCGGGGGAAUGCAAGUGUAACUACGGCUGGCAGGGUCCGCUGUGUGACGAGUGUUUACCGUAUCCUGGUUGUGUUCAUGGAACCUGUACUGAACCCUGGCAAUGCACCUGUGAGAAGAACUGGGGAGGUCUGCUCUGUGAUAAAGAUCUGAACUACUGUGGAACCAACCGGCCCUGUAAGAACGGAGGAACCUGCAUGAACACUGAACCUGACGAGUACAACUGUGCCUGUCCGGACGGAUACUCGGGGAAGAACUGUGAGAUCGCUGAACACGCCUGUGUUUCCAACCCCUGCGCCAACGGAGGAACCUGCCACGAAGUUCCUUCUGGGUUUGAAUGUCACUGUCCGGCUGGUUGGUCCGGACCGACCUGCGCUAAAGACACCGAUGAAUGCGCCUCCAGCCCCUGCGCUCAGGGAGGAACCUGCAUCGACAUGGAGAACGGUUUUGAGUGUCUCUGUCCUCCGCAGUGGACGGGAAAGACCUGCCAGAUCGACGUUAAUGAGUGUGCGGGGAAGCCUUGCCUCAAUGCUUACUCUUGCAAAAACUUGAUUGGUGGAUAUCACUGUGCCUGCUUUCGUGGAUGGGUGGGCCAGAACUGUGACGUCAAUAUGAACAGCUGCCACGGACAGUGUCAGAACGGGGGAACCUGCAAGGACGUCUCCAGAGGAUACCAGUGCGUCUGCCAGCCCGGCUUCGUGGGUCGACACUGCGAGGUCCAGAGGAACCGAUGCAGCAGCAGCCCCUGCAAGAACGGAGGAAGAUGCCAUGCACUGCUGGACGGCUUCAUGUGUGAAUGUCUGCAGGGAUUCACUGGGAACACCUGCGAGGUGCAGAACGACCCGUGCAGUCCGAACCCGUGUCAGAACAAGGCCCAAUGCCACGGCCGGUCUGGAGAUUUCUACUGCAGCUGCCCCGACGACUACGAAGGUAAAACCUGCUCUGAGCUCAAGGACCACUGCAAGACCAACCACUGCCAAGUGAUUGACAGCUGCACCGUUGCCGUGGCGACCAACGACACCCAGAGGAAGGUGUGGCACAUCUCGUCCAACGUCUGCGGACCUCACGGCCGCUGCAUCAGCCUCCCCGCCGGGAACUUCAGCUGCUCCUGCGAUCCGGGAUUCACCAGCACCUACUGCCAUGAGAACAUUAAUGACUGUGCGUCAUCGCCCUGUAAGAACGGAGGAACCUGCAUCGACGGCAUCAACUCCUUCAAGUGCUUCUGCCCAGACGGCUGGAACGGCAGCUUGUGUGAUGUCGAUGUGAACGAGUGCAGCAGGGAUCCCUGUCAGAACGGAGGCCGGUGUGUCGACCUGCUCAACGACUUCUACUGCAACUGUGUCGACAACUGGAAGGGAAAGACCUGCCACUCACGUGAGAGCCAGUGUGACUCAACCACCUGCAGUAACGGAGGAACCUGUUACGACCACGGAGACUCUUUUCUGUGCAGCUGCCCUUCAGGUUGGGGAGGAAGCACCUGCAACACUGCCAAGAACAGCACUUGUGACUCGGGUCCAUGUGAGAACGGAGGCACUUGUGUCGGAGGUGGAGAUACCUUCACUUGUAUCUGCAAGGACGGAUGGAAAGGACCAACCUGUGCACAGAAUGUUGAUGACUGCAAUCCACAUCCCUGCUACAACGGCGGCCUCUGCGUGGACGGUAUCAACUGGUUUCGCUGUGAAUGCGCUCCAGGGUUCGCCGGGCCGGACUGUCGCAUCAAUAUUGACGAGUGUCAGUCGUCUCCGUGUGCCGACGGUUCGACCUGCAUCGACGAGAUCAACGGAUAUCGAUGUGUUUGUCCUCCGGGACACACUGGACCUCGAUGCCAGGACUUCAUCGGUCUGGGGAAGUCGUGUCGUCACGCCGGCCUCCAGUUUCCUCACGGCAGCCGGUGGGAGGAGGAGUGCAACAGCUGCCAGUGUGUCAACGGAAACGUCCGCUGCUCCAAGGUGAGGUGCGGUCGUCGGCCCUGCAUCCUCCCCCGAGUCCAGCCUCCUCCCCCGGACUCCAACCCUCCGUCCUGCCCUGGAGGACACGAGUGUGUCGAGCAUCAGUUCCUCACCUGCUUCUCGCCGCCGUGCCGCCAGUGGGGCGUUUGUUCGACGCCCGACCCGCCCACGCCGCUGCACACCCGGUGUGAACCCAACAGCGGUUACCUUGACAACAGCUGCGCUCACAUCACGCUCAUCUUCAAGAAGGACAAAGUGCCACAGGGCACCACAGUGGAGAACAUCUGCUCAGAGCUCCGGUAUCUUCCUGUAACUCGGACGUUGGCCGAAGAACGAGCUCUGCUGAUCCUCUGUGACCUGUCCUACUCCACCAGUGAUGCUGUGGAGGUCGCCAUGUCCUUUGAGCAGGACGGCCGGUCGAAGGACGGCGACUGUGGUCUGAUCCAGAAGGCGGCCGGCGCCAUCACCGGAGCUUUGUCCAAACGCCACAACAGCUCCGUCAUCCUGGCCGUGAUGGAGGUCAAGGUGGAGAUGCUGGUGGAGUGUCCUCCUGUCGGCUACCUGGUUCCGGUCCUGUGCGUCGUCUUCAGCGUCCUCUGGAUCUUCUGCAUCGUGGUUUGCGUCUGGUGGACCCGCAAGAGGAAGAAAGAGCGCGAGAGAGCGUCCCGGUCCGAGGAGACCACGGUGAACAACCAGCUGGAGCCUCUGCGGAGCAACAACAAGGACAACCGUGACAAAGACAUUCAGUACGAAUGCAAGAAACUGAUGAGCCCGUCGGACCGGAGCUGCGACGGGGCCGAGGGCGAGGAGGACGGCGAGCGCGAGGCGGAGGACGACCAGGAGAGGGCGCCGCAGAGGUGUUCAGGGGCGCCGCCGCAGGACAGGGGCAUGCUGGGAAAAGGGGGCGUGGUCUGCACGACACGCAGCGGCCCGGUGAAGGCGCCGCACCGGACGGCGUACAGCCCCAAAGACAACCGGUGUAAAAACCUGAACGCCGCCAAGCUGAGUGAGGACGUUAAAGACCACUACGUGUGAACGGACGACGCCAACUCUCAACCACAAGCACCAAAAAGUGAAGAUUACAGAUGCUUUCAUUUUUCUAUUUUUUUUUUUUGUUCGUUAUUUAACGGAUGCUUUAUUUACCAAAAAACAAAACAAAAAAAAAAGCAACAAAAAAAAGUCACAGCAGCUUCUGGAUUUCUGGAUUUAAUCGUCACUGUUGGAAUCAAGAGGAAGUUUCUUUCUGGCUGGUUUUUAUUUCCUGUUUACAGACUUCUGCUUGGUGAACGCUAACGGCUGGCAGCUGUUCCGUGGUUUCUGCUGUGCGCUGAAUUCGUCUCCUGUUGGCCUUAAGCCCUCGAACCCGCGGGCCUUUUCUACGCUGUCCUUUAUAUUUAACCAGCAAAACCACAAAAAAAACCAAACAUUUUCUACACGUUUCAGUCCUUCGACCGUCGGCUCAGAGGAUCCACCAUUUGAUGCCCGGCAUGAGAACUCUUUGUUUACAUCCAUAAACAUCUUUUUUCCCAUUUUGUGUUGAUUUCUCAGUAUUUGCUUUGGUAGAAAAGUGCCUUCAGCCCCUGUUUUCUCCUGUUGUUCAGACUCUAAAUACAUUUAAAAGGGAAAGAAGUCCGAUUAACAACUCUUCACAUUACAUCACACAGUAAAAGGCUGUUUUCUCUGUACAUAUGUAUAUAUCAACAAAUGGCUGUGUAUAUUUGAGUUUAGUAACUUAAGUGAUGCUUUGUAUCAUAGUUAUUCUAAAGAAUAAGAUUGUUUUUGUGUAUUUUUUAAUGAUGUCAUUCCGUUUAUUGGUGUCUGUUGACACGGCGACAGGUUUUCUACAGAUUAUCAGACUGAAUCACGAACAUCAGCUUAAAAAAAAACAGUCAUGAUUGUUUGUCUUGAUGUGCUUUGAUUAUUUGUUUGGCUGUUGGAGCUGCCUUUACGUCUUUUUACAGAAGAAAUCUGGUUUUAGAGCGACUUUUGACUCCUAAUCACUUGAUUCUGACUUCUAUUUCAGCAAAACUCACAACUAUUGACAUUUUUGUUCCAUGUUCCUUCAUAAAUCCCUUCAACACCCUAAAACCCAAAUCUUGCUCUACUUGAAACACUCCAAAAAGAUUUACUUUUCAGUAUUUUCACUCCUUAGAGCAUGCGAAUUAUGUUUCAAGAGUCCUAUAAAUGCAUCCAAGCAGGUUCUAACUCGUGUUUUAGCUCAGUUCUUGCAUAAAUCCUGUUGGUUUGUUUGAUUUUUUUCCAUGUUUCAUGCUGUUGUUACACAUUUUACACCCUGUUGGCGUCCUGUAGAAGACUGAUGCUCAGCUUAAUAAGACUAGAAAUCUGUUUUUAAUCCCAAAACUCUACAGAAAUGAGGUUCUCUUGGUUAAACCAUUCAAAACUACUUAAGGACAUCAGCCAUCUUGAUGUGCUUUGAUUAUUUGUUUGGCUGCUGGCGCUGCCUUUACGACGUCUUUUUACAGGAGAAAUCUGAUCUUAGAGGGACUUUUGACUCCUUAAAUACUUGAUUCUGACUUCUAUUUCAGCAAAACUCACAACUGACAUUUUUGUAUCAUAUUACUUCAUAAAUCCCUUCAACACCCUAAAAUCCAAAUCUUACUCCACUUGACACACUCAAAAAAGACUUAAUCUUCAGUAUUUUCACACCUGAGUUCUACUAGAAACUGUGCAAAUUCUCUUUUAGGAGUCCUGUAAAUGCAUCCAAACAGGUUCUAAGUCAUGUUUUAUCUCAGUUCUUGGAUAAAUACUGUUGGUUUGUUUGGUUUUUUCCAUGUUUCAUGCUGUUGUUACACAUUUAACACCCUGUUAGCGUCCUGUAGAAGACCGAUGCUCAGCUUAAUAAGACUAGAAAUCAGGUUUUUUAAUCUCAAAACUCUACAGAAAUGAGGUUUCUCUUGGUUAAACCAUUCAAAACUGCUUAAGUGCACUUUUUCUCAGAUUAAAGUCAUGCAAUUUGGUCCAGUCUUUGGUUCUUGCUCAUUAAUGUCACUGUAAAUGACUUAUUUAAUGCUCUCUACAUUGCGAAUGCUGUCAUUGGUGCCCUGUACCUGCCUUAUUUUACAUGUAAUUUCAGGAAUUUUACCCAUGCAUGCACAGCGACAUGAAAAUCUGGUCACAAAAUCUAACACACUUUGACUUUUUCAACCUAAUUGCACAAAAUUCUGAUUGUUUGACUUAUUUUUGGUUAAAUUUGACAGAUUUUUGACAUUUUCCUAGUGUUCUGGUGUUAAAUCUUGAUUCUGGUCCAAACAGCGCCGUCAUCGUCUCUUCAGCCUGGUUUUCCUUCAGUUUUGCGGCGUGUCAACAGUUUGGACGGCAGCAGGGCGUUUAAUAAAACCUGAUUCAUCCACUGAAUCCACUGCAAACAGAUUAAAGAUGUGAAUGGAAACAGACGAGUGUGAAUCCUGAUGUUGUCUCCUGUCCCUGUGUGUCUGUUCUGGUCUAAUGAAGGGAACAAGUUGUGUUGUUGUUGUGGAUGUUUGGGUCUGUUUCUGCACUAAGAUCACACAGGAAGAGAGAAGUGUUUCCUCCUCAGCUGUAGAGGAGGUCAAAAUAAAGUCACUGUUUGUGGAUGAUUUUUUUUUCAAUAUUUUGUUUUUUGUUGUUUUUUUGUUAAUUAAUACUGAUGCAAAUCAUUAAAAAGCCCAAAAUUCAUUUUCUGUCAGUAAAUUUGGCAUCGUGUUCAUCCCGGCUGAGGGGCUGAAUGUGCAGAACGUUGUAAUUAUUUUGUACAAAAUUUGGUAAAAGUCUUGGUUUGUUAGUGGAAUUUUUUGUUUGUUCUUAGAACAAUCCUAUUAUUUAUUAAAGUAUUUUAUACCAAA